AAGAAAUAAAUACAUCCCUGCAUGAAACUUUUCUUGAGGAGAACACUCUCUACUGCCUACUUGAGUCUUCUCAGAAUCUCAGCUGCUUUCUUUUUCACUCUGAUACUUCAAUACAGCUGCUGAGGACCAAACUAGGACCCAGAAAAUGGCUUUGGCCUCAACAUUUCGCCCAAAUCCCAAUCCCUGCACCAACGGCGUCGUCUCAGCUCCAAGGAGACAGUUUGGUAGCCUCGCCUUCGAGUCAAACACAAGCUUGUUUGGCUCCAAAUUACUCGCCGGGAAAUCCUUUUCGCUGUCCGCCCGAAUAAACCGACCCGAAGCCGUAACAUCCGCGUCUUCUCGUUCUUUUGAUGUGGUGAUCAUCGGCGCUGGAAUCAUCGGGUUGACUAUCGCCCGGCAGUUCCUGAUCGGGUCGGACCUGUCUGUCGCCGUGGUCGACAAGGCCGUCCCUUGUUCCGGUGCCACUGGUGCAGGGCAGGGCUAUAUAUGGAAGGUACACAAAACACCUGGAAGUGAUAAAUGGGAGCUAGCAAUGAGAAGUCACAAAUUGUGGGAGAUGUUAGCAGAGAGCAUACAUGAUCAAGGGUUGAAUCCUCUAGAAGUGUUGGGUUGGAAGAAGACAGGAAGCCUAUUAAUUGGUAGAACUCCUGGAGAUUCGGAUUUAUUAAAAAGGAGGGUGCAGCAGUUAUCUGAAGCUGGAUUGCAAGCAGAGUACCUGUCUGGCCAUGAUUUGCUUCAAGAGGAACCUGCCCUUAUGAUUGGAGAAGAUAGUAGUGCUGCCUUUCUUCCUGAUGACUGCCAAUUGGAUGCUCAACGUACUGUUGGAUAUAUUGAAAAGGGAAACAGACAUUUUGCAUCAAAAGGUAGAUAUGCAGAGUUCUAUCAUGACCCAGUGACAUGUUUAUUAAGGUCUGGCAGCCAUGAGGAAGUUGAAGCUGUUCUUACUUCCAAAAAUACUUUGUACAGUAAGAAGGCUAUUAUAAUUGCAGCUGGUUGUUGGAGUGGGUCUUUAAUGCAUGAAUUGCUUAGAGAAUCGGAGAUUUUGUUGGAUGUCCCUGUAAAGCCACGAAAGGGUCACCUCCUUGUGCUUGAAAAUUACAAUGCCCUUCAACUGAAUCAUGGUCUAAUGGAGGUGGGCUAUGUCAAUCAUCAGACCAUUUCAGCUUCUGGACCACUUGAUCAUGGGCAAGCCUUGUCCGUUUCAAUGACAGCCACAAUGGAUGCUAUGGGGAACCUUGUUCUUGGGAGCAGCCGCCAGUUCUCAGGGUUCAGCUCUGAAGUGGAUGAGCCUAUCAUCACUCAUAUAUGGAAGCGGGCUGGGGAAUUUUUUCCCACUUUAAAAGAAUUGCCCCUUUCAGAUUUCAGUAAGAGCAGAAAAGUGAGAAUAGGAUUACGUCCUUAUAUGCCUGAUGGGAAGCCCGUGAUUGGGCCUGUGCCUGGCUUGUCAAAUGUGUUCCUUGCAACUGGGCAUGAAGGACAAGGACUUUCUUUGGCUUUGGGAACUGCUGAAAUGGUUGCUGAUAUGGUGCUGGGCAAUCCUGGGAAAGUUGAUAAUGCACCUUUUGCCGUCCCAGGCCGAUGUUGAUAAGAUGAGUGCUAGGGCAACUAUUAUAACCCAUGUUUUGACCUGCAAACCUGUAGAGCUAGAGCAACCCAUUUGGAGUGGGACUUCACUUGUUAUGGUUUAAGGUUAUACAAAUAUACAGGAUAUGUUUCAUAACACAUGUCAAAUGGAUAUGCUGUUAGGAAUCCCCUUUCCUGUGAUGCCCUCAAAUCCAAUAUUUGAUGUAUCAGGGUAUAAAAGAUUGUAUGGAAUUUUGGCAGGACCUUGUCUGUUCUUGAGGCUAGGAUCCCUAUUCCUCUC